AAAGAUAUAUACAUUCAGCUGGGGCCUAAGGACUGGGACCAUUUCCUCCAUGAUGAACACCAGGUUAGUUAGAUAUUCCAACGGGUUGUCAACGGGAACGACGGCUCAGACAAACAAGCUGGAAAUAUUAAUAAUGAUGAGUGACGAGGCCAGUGUAAUGCAAAUAUGGACUUUCUUCUGGCUUCGUUUUCUUUCUC